GAUUGUCCUGUUAAAGGCUGGGCAGUUUUACACUGCCAUCUGGGUACGCUGUUGAUCAUUUGCUUCACGUGUUUUGAAGUUUGAAUCAGUUCUAUCCGUCUCGGUGAUUGUUUCUUGUCAGUGUUAUGGUAACCACAAGACUUUUUUUAGCGAAACCAUGAGCUUUGUGGUUGCUGGUGUGUGCAAGUGUACUAUCUUUGCGGUGCCACUUAGGAUAAUUGUAGCUUUAAAGUUGAAGAUGUAGCGAACAUAUUGUGAUAUGAUUGCUCAUGAAUUGGUUUAGUUGGCAAGACGAAAUGUGCACUCUGCGGUUUGGCUUCUAGCUUCUCUGAUUUGCAUUGGGGAUCUCCUCAUAUUAGAUUGUAAUCAUAUUAUUAAUCAAUAAAGCUCCCAUUUAUCAGCAAGAAUAACAUCUUGUGCGUGAGCCUUUUUCUAGCAUAUAUUCCUUACCUAUUGGAUACGACGAUUUAUGACUUCAGCAGCCUCAAUUGUUAGAGUUGGUUCUGCGCAUCUUUGAGGUGGAGAGGCCAGAUGUAUUAUGUAUCAUCUCAGGGGGCAAGUUUUUCUCAGUUAUGGAGGGAGUACAAGUUACUGGGACGGACGGGCUGAGCUCUGAUGACUCGUCAUUUUCAAAGUUAGCUUUGAACUAAACAAACACAAAGGCAAAAUGUAUGAACGAAUUGUACAUCUUUUGAGUGUCCGGAACCACUGAGUUCCCAUGUUGUAUUGUUUGAACGCUUACAUCAUCAACAUUUUGUAGGUUUCUUUAAGAAAAAUGAUUGAUCGGUACAGGUAGACCUAGCAAUAUAUUUGGACACCUGCACGUUGCCCACGAGUGUCGCACGACGCGAACACCAUUUUAUUUUAAAAGUAGAAAUGCCAGUUCCUCUUGUUUCUUCAGUAGAUAGAAUCCAGUAGAUCGAUUUUCAUAUGCCCACAGAGCAAACAGUGCAUGGAACGGUAGAGGACAGAACUGAGGGUCAUAGUAGUCACAAAAUGCCAUUGUGUCUGCGUGCGGUCCACAAAAUGAUGUGGACUCUGGAUCUGGAGUUUGGGGGUGCCGAAGCAGAGCAACUUCUGAUUCUAUUCUAUUCUACUGUACUACCGAACCAACCAUCGCAAGGGAUUUGGCGACAGAGGAAUCUUUUCUUUUCUUUGUAGUAUAUGAUGAAGCUGGCGUUCACUUUACGGGCCUAAUGUCCCGGACAAACAUUCCAAAGAGAAAAUAGGAGAGGAGAGGCCAUGGGAGGAAGAGGUGGCGAUCCCCAAACAGGGCCGCUGCUGGAGAAGCUCCCGGAGUCCUCUUGCAGUUCAUCCGAGCCCGAGCAGCAUCCGGUCAAACGAACUGGCACGGUAUGGACGGCGUCCGCGCACAUCAUCACGGCGGUGGUCGGCUCCGGCGUGCUGUCGCUGGCGUGGAGCGUGGCUCAGCUCGGCUGGGUCGGGGGGCCGGCGGCCAUAGUGUUCUUCGCGGGGGUCACCGUGGUGCAGUCCUCCCUGCUCGCCGAAUGCUACGUUUCUCGAGGAGAUCCGGAGCGUGGCGGCCUCAUCAGGAACAAGUCUUACAUGAACGCCGUGAGGUUUUACCUAGGUGAGAAGAGGCAGAUGUUCAGCGGAUUUUUCCUUAGCAUCAGCCUGUUUGGGAGCGGCGUGGUGUAUACUCUCACCACAGCCACUAGUAUGAGGGCGAUUCAUGAAGCGAACCGCUACGGCCGGGAAGGCCAGGGCGCACCGCUCUCCACCGCCGCCGCCGGUGGCUCAGACGUCUACUACAUGCUCCUGUUCGGCCUCGCGCAGGCAGUGCUGUCGCAGAUACCGGACUUCCACAACAUGGCGUGGCUCUCCGUCUUCGCCGCCGUCAUGUCCUUCUUCUACUCCUUCGUCGGCUUCGGCCUCGGCGCCGCCAAAGUGAUCGAAAAUGGGGUGAUCAAGGGGGGAAUCGGAGGCAUUCCCCUGGUAUCCCCGGUGCAGAAGGUGUGGCGCGUCGCACAGUCCCUCGGGGACAUCGCCUUCGCCUACCCUUACACCUUGGUGCUUCUGGAAAUAGAGGACACGCUGAGGUCGCCGCCGGCGGAGAGCAAGACGAUGAAGAAGGCGUCGAGGGCAAGCAUCGCGGUCACCACCUUCUUCUACCUCGGGUGCGGGUGCUUCGGCUACGCGGCGUUCGGCGACGGCACGCCGGGGAACCUCCUCACCGGCUUCGGCGAGCCCUACUGGCUCAUCGACCUCGCUAACCUCUGCGUCGUCCUCCACCUCCUCGGCGGCUACCAGCUGUACAGCCAGCCGGCGUUCGCCGUCGUGGAGCGGCGGUUCGGCGUGGAGGCCUGGGUCGUCGAGGUGGAGCUGCCGCUGCUCGGCUGGCGGCGGCGCGUGAACGUGUUCAGGUUGUGCUUCCGCACGGCUUACGUGGCGGCGGUGACGGCGGUGGCUGUGUGGUACCCCUACUUCAACCAGGUGGUGGGGCUCAUCGGCGCCUUCACCUUCUGGCCGCUGGACAUCCACUUCCCCGUCCAGAUGUACCUUGCGCAGAACAAGGUGGCGCCGUGGACGACGCGGUGGCUCGCCAUUCAGGCCUUCAGCGCCACCUGCUUGCUCGUCGCCGCCUUCGCCUCGGUUGGCUCCGCCGUGGGGGUGUUCGGCCCCAACAGAACCUAGCUAGUAUAGUAGCCUAGUAGGCUAGUACAUAUGCGGUUCGAUCACUUAAUUUUCUUCAGCUCGCAACUGCAGCAACCCUGAUUUUUGUGUAGCUACGAAUGUGUUAAUUUGUAUAAAAAAAACGUAAAUCCUGCCUUAUGAAAAGCAUUAUAAAAAAACACUUCGAUCAACA